AGAGGCUUUCCAGCACUAAGAAGCUGUUGGCUUAACGACUCUUUCUUGGAACCUUUUGUGCCCGCCUGUUUCACUUCUGCGCCGGAGGGGAAUGGGAUUCAAACCCAUGAUACAAUAUUCCUGUAUGUCGAUUUAGCAAACCAGUGCCUUACCUCAUAUGAUAACAAGUACCCACAUGAAAGAUGGCGCAAAUCAUGACAAGCAUACAUAAAACAAAAUUUGAAGUGGGAGUCAAUUCCACACAACGCAACUAUUCUCACGCCUACAAUAAAAAUAUAUAUAUCUGUAAUGACCACAUCUGUCUUUUAUCCAUUGGCUUCUAGUAAUAUAGUAUACCACUCGUGUCGUCAGUAUUCUGGGUCCAAAUUAGAAAUUCAAGAUUAUUAUUAUUAUUAUUUAACGUUGACUUUUGACUUAUCGUGCCGUUUGAAAGUUUUGAGGUUCACUGAUUUCAGAGAAACUUCCAUUUGCUGUUUAAAGCUUGUAAGAAACGAACAUAUACUAAAGAAAAAUAUUUUGCUUUUGCUACAAUCUUAAAGAGAUUAUGAAGCAGUGGUGUUUGCUUUCAAUCCUCUGUUUUGUCCUAAUAAGCUUUGGCAUUGCUUCGGUUUCAGCACAAACAUGUAUGGAUAAUGAUGGGCAUUUCAGGCCCAACGGUACUUACGACACAAACCGGCGUCUUAUCCUCUCUUCACUACCUUCCAACGUCACGACUCAAGAGGGCCUCUUCUUCAACGGUUCCAUCGGACAAGAACCCAACCGUGUCUACGCAAUAGGGAUAUGCAUCCCAGGCUCAACUCCACAGGACUGUUCUGAUUGUAUCAAGUCCGCGUCUGAUGGUUUGAUACAUAGUUGUCCUAACCAAACAAACGCGUUUACAUGGCCCGGUGACCCCACGCUUUGCUAUGUUCGCUACUCCAACACUUCUUUCUUAGGAUCUUCGGAUCUGGACCCGCAUCCACUGUUCUUCAACACAGGAGAUAUCAACUCAAAUCUAACCGAGUUCACGACAAUAUGGGAAGGCUUAGUUGUUCGUAUGAUUGAUGUAGCCUCCACAGCAAAAAACACACCAUCCUCUAGUAAUAAUCAUUAUAAAGCUGAUAUGGCACCCUUGACUGCUCUUGAGAAUAUAUAUGCUUUAAUGCAAUGCACGCCUGAUCUUUCCUCUGGUGACUGUGAUAACUGUCUGCGGCAGAGCGCAAGGGACUACCAGUCAUGCUGUUGUCAGAAACGAGGAGGCGUUGUUAUGCGGCCAAGCUGCUUUUUCAGGUGGGACUUGUAUAAAUACUCUAAGGCCUUUGAUAAUAUCACGGUGGCUUCUCCUCCUCCUCCUCUUCCUCCUAUGGCUUCUCCUCCUCCUGGAGAUGAUCAUGCCAGAAGGACCAAUAAUGCUGAUAGUGAUAUUUCAACAACACAUUCAUCGCAAUAUGACUUUAAGACAAUUGAAGCUGCAACAAACAAGUUUUCCAGGAGUAAUAAGCUCGGUGAAGGUGGAUUCGGCGAAGUUUACAAGGGUACACUUUCAAAUGGAACUGAAGUGGCUGUGAAGCGACUGUCGAAAAAUUCAGGACAAGGGAUAAGAGAGUUCAAGAACGAGGCUGUCCUUGUCUCAAAACUUCAACACAGGAAUUUGGUUAGGCUUCUUGGAUUCUGUUUGGAAGGAGAUGAAAAGAUUCUGAUCUACGAGUUUGUCCCCAACAAAAGCCUUAACCAUUUCCUAUUUGACCCUGAGAAGCAAAGCCAACUAAACUGGACUAAGCGAUACAAGAUCAUUGGAGGGAUAGCUAGAGGAAUUCUUUAUCUUCAUCAAGAUUCACAGCUCACAAUCAUACACCGUGAUCUCAAAGCCAGCAACAUUCUGUUAGAUGCCAAUAUGAACCCAAAAAUUUCAGAUUUUGGGUUGUCGACAAUCUUUGGAAUGGAUCAAACCCGAGGCAAUACCAGCAGAAUUGCUGGAACAUAUGGUUACAUGUCUCCUGAGUAUGCAAUGCAUGGUCAGUACUCCAUGAAAUCUGACAUUUACAGCUUUGGAGUCUUAGUUCUCGAGAUUAUAAGUGGCAAGAAAAACAGCAGAGCUUACCAGAUGGAUGAAACUAGCACUCCUGGCAACUUGGUCACUUAUGUUUGGAUGCUUUGGAAAAAUGGAUUGCCACUUGAGCUGGUGGAUCCAGCUAUUGGAAAGAACUAUCAUAGUAAUGAAGUCACUAGAUGCAUCCAUAUCGCACUCUUAUGUGUACAAGAAAAUCCAGAAGACCGACCAAUGUUAUCAACUAUCAUCUUGAUGCUCACUAGCAACACAAUCACUGUACCAGUGCCUCGCCUACCAAGUUUCAUCCCUCGGAGCAGGCAGGAACUGGACCAGAUAUCUGAAGGACUAGAAUCAAGUCAAUCUACAGGAAGAUCUGUUGGUCAUUCUGUGAAUGACGUGUCAAUAACUGAUUUAGACCCUCGUUAAAGAUAUGAGUAUAUUCUCUAUGUGGAAACUUGCGUGGGACUUGUAUAAUCUUAUUUCAUGUAUUCUCUCUGUUAAGAAUUUAAUAUUUAGCAUUCGUUUAGGUGACUGGAAUAUUCUCUUUUCAAUGCAAAAAUCAUAGUAACACGUUUUAGGCUGUUUAGCCGUUGGAGGA